UUUGUAGAAGAAAACAUAAAAGAUCCAUUUUCUACAAAAACAAGAAUGCUUAUGCUUGAGACUUGAGUGAAGUGAAAAGCAGAGAAGAGAGGGAGAGAUGGUGGAAGGAAGAAAGAAAGAGAAAGGUUAUUAUGGGGUUUGCGCCAUUGGAGGAAUGCUCAGUUCUGGUACCACCCAUCUCGCUUUCACUCCUCUUGAUGUCCUAAAAGUCAAUAUGCAGGUGCAUCCCGUCAAAUAUAACAGUAUUGCUUCCUGUUUCACUACAUUGUUGAAAGAGCAAGGUCCUUCGGCCUUUUGGAGAGGUUGGGCUGGCAAGUUCUUUGGUUAUGGUGUUCAAGUUGGUUGUAGAUUUGGGUUAUAUGAAUAUUUCAAGACUCUUUAUUCUAAUAUUUUGGGGGAUUGCAAUAGGAGUUUCGUUUUCUUUGUUAGUAGUGCAUCUGCUGAAGUGUUUGCCAAUCUUGCUCUCUGUCCAUUUGAAGCCAUUAAAGUCCGGGUUCAAGCACAGCCCCAUUUUGCAAAGGGCUUGGCUGAUGGCUUUCCUAAGCUUUAUGCGUCAGAAGGGAUCUUUGGUUUUUAUAGGUGGCUAGUUCCUCUUUGGGGCCGAAACCUUCCAUUCUCUAUGGUUAUGUUCUCGACAUUUGAGCAUUCUGUCGACUUUCUAUAUGGUAAUGUCAUUCGAAAAACAAAGGCAGAAUGCUCAAAAACUCAACAACUCGGUGUGACAUGUUUAGCUGGCUACGCUGCUGGAGCUGUUGGUAGCUUUAUUUCUAAUCCUGCUGACAACAUUGUUUCUUCUCUUUAUAACAAAAAGGCUGAUAGCCUCUUGCUGGCUAUCAAAAAAAUUGGGUUCAUCAAUUUGUUUACAAGAAGCCUUCCUAUUCGGAUAAUGCUCGUGGGACCAGUGGUGACUUUGCAAUGGUUUUUCUAUGACACUAUUAAAGUUCUAAGUGGAUUACCAACAAGUGGAGAAGUCACUGCUAAAGAGAAAGUAGAUAGAACAGCCUGAGCUCAUGAAACUGCUGAUAGUAUACCACUAUUACUAACUAAAACAGAA